AGAUCAACCGAAUCCCCACAACGAGCAGCGCGUGAACACAGACGUUGAUUUUCCGUACGGGCCGGACGGACUAAAUCUGAACCAAUAAUAGACGACUAGGCGAUCUCUAUAGUUCAUCAAGUUAUGCAAAUCUGAUCAAAGAAUAGGAAUUCGUGCCCAAGCGUGGGUGUAUGUGGUGGCAGCAAUGUAGUUAUUCUCCUCGAUCGACUGACUAAUAGCCAGGCUACUUUAUAAUAUGGACGUUUACAAAUACCCUGUUUUCUUCGAGUGCCAGACUCUGGACACAUCACAGAAAGAGAAGAUAAAAAAGUAUUUUGAAAUUCGACGUAAAUCCGGUGGCGGAGAUUGUGGACCAGUACAAUCAGUUGGUGACAAAGUUUACAAGGUUGCGUUUACUUACCGGAAAGUCCAGGAGAGGGUACUUCAGAAAGCUCAUCAUGUGUUGGAGAUGCCUGGAGGACCUCUCUCCCUCACUCUGAGAGACAGCCUGGAGACAAGCUCCCCAGUAAGCAGUCAGGCGAGUCACCAGUCCCUCCCAUUCCAUCCCUCCCUCCCUGUCCAGACAUCGCCACCUGGUGGCCUAGAGCAUGAACUCCCUCUAGACUCCUACCUCCUGCGAUACCUGAAGGAGAGCCCUGGGGCUGGAAGAGACCUGCAACAGCAGCUGUCCUCUCUGGGCUGCUCUGUCCACCUCUAUCCAGAGGACGGGAGGGCAGUGGUCAGAGAUUCAGACCAAGCUGGGUUAUGUGGAGAUGGGGUUGGGGUGGAACCAUGGAAGGUACAGGUAGAGAGACUGUUCAAACAUCUCCAUGAGCGGUACCAAUGUCACUAUGAGGUAGACCCACGUAAGCUCCAGUCUCUGCUGCAGAGAAGUACCCAAGGUUUGAAGGAUGUGAGGGUUUACUGCGAGGCAGGGGAAGGGUUUGCGGUGGUGGUUGGGGAGGUGGCCAAGGUCCAGGCCAAGCUGAAGGAGCUGGAGGCCUUCCAGGUUCAGAGUUUGAGCUCAGGGAAGCAGGAGAAGACCAGCACCACAUGUCGUCUGGGACAGUCCAAGCUCUGUCUUCUAUGGAAAGUGAUAAAGAAGGAUCUAGGUGAGGUUGUUCCAGGGGUGAAGGUGACACGAGGUGACUCAGCUCAGCUGGUGCUGGAGGGUUCAGCAAGUGAAGUCCGGACUGCCAGACAGUUGGUUACAGAUAAGAUCUCUCUGGUGCUGGAGAAGGUGGUGCCUGAGGUGCCCCCCCACCUCCUGUCCUUCCUGAGAGAUGAGUAUGGGAGGCCUGGGAACCUGAGUAGUCUGCUGGGGUUGGGACUCCAUGUGGAGGUAGAGUUGGGGGACACAGAGCUCCGUCUGUUCUCCCUCUCCUCUGGGAAACUGGACCAGGCUGAGAAGGAUCUGCUGGGGGAGUUUGGGGAGGAGACGAUCGACUUGCCCAACUGUGCUGCCCCCCCGGCUGAACUGAUGUCCAAGCUUGAGACGAAGGUAAAGGAGAUGAACCAGAGCAGACGCAGGGUGGUAGCCAGGUAUGGUCCUGGGUGUAGAGUGCAGCUGCUGGGCCACAUGAAGGAGGUUCAGGAGCUGAGGGAGGAGAUCGGGGCCUUUCUGAUAGACCAGUCCAGUGUAAGAGACAUGGGACGCCCUCAAAUGAACCAUGGUGGCGUAGUCGGUGAAGCAGGCGCCGGACCAAGACGUAAGGAGACCGUCACAGCCACCAGCUAUCACCUCCAGGGGGGGCUGCAGGUAGUUGUUUGUCAGGGUGACAUCACCAAGGAAUGGGCAGACGCACUGGUGAAUGCAGCCAAUGAGGAUCUGGAUCACGCUGGGGGCGUGGCUGCAGCUCUGAGCCAGGCGGGGGGGCCUGAGGUACAGCGGGCCAGCAGGGAUAUGGUUAGGCAGAUAGGGAGAGUGCCCACAGGUACAGUGGUAGAGACCACAGGAGGGAAUCUGCCUUGUAAGAUGCUGCUGCAUGCAGUGGGACCAGUAGGGGGCAGCGUAGGUGGGAAUGAGCGUCCUCUGCUGGAGAAGACAGUAAAGGCAGCCCUGGAUCUGGCAGAGACCUUGGAGCUCCAGACCCUGGCCAUGCCCUGCAUCAGCUCGGGUAUAUUUGGCGUUCCUCUGAAGGUGUGCUCUGAUGCCAUAGUCUCUGCAGUGAGGGACUUUGGGAGGGAACAGCGCAUCCUUACCAAGGUCACUCUGAUUGAUGUGAGUGGAGAGGCAGUGAGAGCCAUGCAGGAGGCCUGUGAUAGGCUGUUACAGGGUAAGAGGGAGUUUUCUGGGUGGGAGGUAGAGUCCAGCACCACCACUACACAUGCUCCUCAGAGAGACACCACUGCUGCCUCCGCCAGGGGAACAGCUGCUCCAGAGGUCUGUGUCCAGGUGGAGGUCAUCCAGGGAACCAUAGAGAAGCAGCAGGUGGAUGCGCUGGUGUCCCCCAUGGUUGGUAGUGACCCUCUCUCCUCCCGAGUGGGUAAUGUCUUGUUGGAUGCAGCUGGACCGGCGCUGAGAACAGCGUUUCUGAGGGGAUCAGGGGGACGGACUGCACCUGGUGACAACGUUCUGGUGGAGGGACUGUCUGGUCUCAGCUCUGGCCGUGUCUUCUUCCUCAGCUGUGCACACUGGGACAACAACCCCCAAGGACCAGCAGUACAGGCUCUGAGGCAGGGUGUGAGGAAAAUCCUGACCUCUUGUGAGAACCGAGGCUUCCGUUCCGUUGCCUUCCCUGUUGUUGGAACUGGUGAGGUUCUCCAGUUCCCUAAGAAUGUGGCAACGCAGGUUUUGCUAGAAGAGAUCCAUGGGUACGAGCAGAACCGAGCGAGCAGAACCCCUUUCCUUGUCCGCAUUGUCGUCCAUCCCAAUGACAGAAAUUCUACCAAGGCAUUUCAGACUGCCCAGAAUGCUUUGCAUCUCAGAGGAUUCGUAUUGGGCGCUGGUGAGUUACAAAACAUCAGGGUUGUGCUGCUGGGCAAAACCGGAGGAGGUAAAAGCAGUGCUGGAAACACCAUCUUCGGACAAGAUGAUGUGUUCCUCUCAGACAGUUCCUCCACCUCCUCAACACAGAUAUGUAAAGCUCAUACCAAGAACAUCAAAGGAAGAAACAUCACCCUGAUUGACACACCUGGAUUCUUUGACACUGACAUCCCUGAAGAGGAGCUGAAACCUAAAAUAGUCAAAUGUAUAACAGAGUGUGCUCCGGGGCCACAUGCCUUUCUCAUUGUACUGAAAGUGGAACGGUACACAGUCCACGAAAAUGAAGCCGUAGCGAAAAUCGAGACAUAUUUUUCACCAGAGGCCUUCAAAUAUGCCACAGUCCUCUUCACUCAUGGAGACCAGCUCAAUGGUUUGACCAUUGAGAAGUUUGUCCAACAGAAUGCUGAACUGAACAAGCUUGUGGAGAAAUGUGGAGGCCGCUAUCACGUCAUCGACAACAAAUACUGGAACACCAAUCAGCAGGGUCAGUACAGGGACAAUCAGUGCCAAGUAGCAGAGUUACUCAACACCAUAGAGAAGAUGGUGAGAGAUAACGGAGGAGGGUUCUACACCAACGAGAUGCUACAAGAGGCAGAGAGAUUAAUACAAGCAGAGAUAGAGUGUCUUAGGAAGGAGUCAAAGGGAAAGAUGUCUGAGGAAGAGAUGAGAAAACAGGCUAAAGAAAAAGUGAGGAAGAAACUUCAGAUCAAAAUUACAGGUAUACUAAUAGGUACAGUGAUAGGCAUAGCUGCAGGAGUUGUCUUUGGGACGUCUACAACAGCAGGAGCAAUAAGAGGAGGGAUAGUAGGAGCUACUGCAGCAGAGGAGGCAGAGACAGUACUGGAGGCUGCAAAAAAAGCAGCUAGUGCUGUCUGCUAUAAGCGAAGGUUCUGAAUGACCAAGAAGAUAACCUUUUGAAAUGUUACAGUAACAGAUAAACUUGGAAUCAUUGAAAUAAAUGAUGGAAAAGUAUGUUUCAACAUCUGACUAACUAUGUAGACAUCAGUCAGUUAAAUUCCACUGUGGAAUAGCUUUUUGUCCCUUGUUUUUUUCUUCUGUUUUGUAAAAAGCAGAUAUUUUUUUAAUUUAAUGCAGAAAUUGAAUCAUUGAAUUCAUCAGCUGAACAUAUCAAGGCACAGGGCGAGACCCAAAUGCAGACACAGGAGGCAGAUGGUUGGAGUCUUACAAUGUUUAUUAGUCCAAAGGGGUAGGGGAAAUGGAGAAAUGUGGAGGCCGCUGUCACGUGAUCGACAACAAAUACUGGAACACCAAUCAGCAGGGUCAUUACAGGAACCAAUGCCAAGUAGCAGAGUUACUCAACACCAUAGAGAAGAUGGUGAGAGAUAACGGAGGAGGGUUCUACACCAACGAGAUGCUCCAAGAGGCAGAAAGAUUAUUACAAGCAGAGAUAGAGAGUAUAUUGAGCUGAGAAAAACACUGUAUGUUGAAAGCACUGUGUGUCUCCUAACAGCUAAUUGCAGAGCAUCACAUGUGAAAUUUAAUGUGAACAUUGUUAUCCACAUGUAAUCACAUGAAAAUUCACAUGUGAAGUGAUCCAAAAACGCAUAAGUUUCACAUGAUUUCAAUUGUGAAAUUUCACAUGUGAAUUAAAAUUAGCAAAUCGUGGAAUUUUCACGUAAAAUCAUGUGAUUUUCCACAUGUGAAAUCAGGUGUUUUGCUAUGUUUUCAAUAAGUAUUCAACCCCUUUGUUAUGACAAGCCUAAAUAAGUUCAGGAGUAAACAUGUGCUUAACAAGUCACAUAAUAAGUUGCAUGGACUCACACUGUGGGCAAUAGUAGUGUUUAACGUAAUUUUUUUAUGACUAUCUCCUCUCUGUACCCCACACAUAGAAUUAUCUGUAAGGUCCCUCAGUCAAACAAUGUGGAAAAAGUCAAAGGGUCUGAAUACCUUUCAAUGGCACAUUGUUGACAAGCACACAUUUAUAUACACAUGUACAGUGCUUUCAGAAAGUAUUCACACCCCUUGAAUUUUGACAGAUUUAGUUGUGUUACAAUUUGAAUUUAAAAUUGAUUAAAUGUAUAUUUAUUUUCACUGGCCUACACACCACACCCCAAAUUAUCAAAAUGGAGAUAUGUUGUUAAUUUUUUAUUAUUUUGUAUUAAUGAAAAUUGCAAAGAUUAAAUGUCCUGAGUCAAUAAGUAUUUAACCCCUUUCUUAUGGCAAGCCUAAAUAGGUUCAGGAGUACAAAUUUGCUUAACAAGUCACAUAAGUUGCAUGGACUCAGUUUGAGCAUGGUGAAGUUAUUAACUACACUUUGGAUGGUGUACCAAUUCACCCAGUCACUACAAAGAUACAGGCAUCCUUACUAACUGAAUUUCCGGAGAGGAAGGAAACCCCUCAGGGAUUUCACGAUGAGGUUAAUGGUGACUUUAAAUCAGUUACAUAAUUUAUUGGUUGUGAUAGAAGAAAAUUGAGGAUAAAUCACUAACAUUGUAGUUACCCCACAAUACUAACCUAAUUGACAGAGUGAAAAGAAGGACGCCUGUACAGAAUAAAAAUAUGCAUCCUAUUUUCUCAUAAGGCCAUAAAGUAACACUAUAAAAAUGUGGCAAAGGAGUUCACUUUUGUCCUGAAUACAUUGUGUUAUGUUUGGGACAAAUCCAAUACAACAUAUUACUGAGUACCACUCUCCAUAUUUUCAAGUAUAAUGGUGUCUGUAUCAUGUUAUGGGUAUUCUUGUAAUUGAUAAGGACUGGGGAGUUUUUCAGGAUAACAAAAAAAACUGAAUGGAGCUAAGCACAGGCAAAAUCCUAGCGGAAAAUCUGGUUCAGUC